AUGUUAUUCCAGAAGCCCCGACAAGAGUUGGAACAGUUGCGUCACGAAAAGAUCCAAGCACUGUUAAAAAUCAACCCUAACUUCAAACCACCAGCAGAUUAUCGUGCUCCAAACAUUCGAUUACACGACAAAGUGUGGAUUCCGCAGGAUGCUCAUCCUGAACUAAAUUUCGUUGGUUUAUUAAUUGGGCCUCGCGGAAAUACAUUAAAGAGUCUUGAGGCAGAAACUGGUGCCAAGAUCAUCAUCAGGGGGAAAGGCUCCGUAAAAGAAGGAAAACUAGGCAGCAGACUAGGCCCAAUGCCGGGUGAAAAUGAGCCGCUUCAUGCAUAUGUUACUGGCACUGAUCAGGCAACGAUAAAGAAAGCUUGCGAUAAAAUCCGCUCGAUCAUCGCUGAGGCAACAGCCAUUCCUGAUGGUCAGAACGAGCUUCGCAAAUUGCAACUCAGAGAACUGGCUCUGUUGAAUGGUACCCUUAGACCAGAAGAUCUUGCCAGUGGUGCUCGUUGCUCCAACUGUGGCUCUGAUGAACAUAAAACAUGGGAGUGUCCAGAUGCACCGAACGUUACGGCAAAAGUGGUCUGUAUGGCUUGUGGAUGUGCUGGACACAUUGCACGGGACUGCAAAAAUCCACGUCCUGGCGGGAUAGAAGCUGCAGCAGGUGAUGGUGGUAUGGACGAUGAGUACUCGGCGCUCAUGGAAGAACUUGGAGAGCGGCCUGCGCGCAAUGCUGAUGGUUCCGUGCGCGGUCGCGGAACUACGACUUUCCGUGGAACUGUGGGGAUUUUUAGAGGCAGUUUCUUUCCACGCGGUGCUCUCAACAGUCAGCAACCAGUCAUCAGAGUAAAUCUUGGAACAGCCGCGCAGCAAAAUGCAAUGAUGAGUGCGGGAAUGGGAAUGGUGCCACCACCGCCCGGUGCAAGACCUCCAUAUGGAAUGGGACCGCCCACGGAUCCA